AUGGGCUCCGCUUCUCCGCCCACGUCGCUAGAAGCGAAACUAGUUGUGCUCGGAUCGCAAGGCGUCGGCAAGACCUCUCUCGUCCACAGAUAUGUCAAGAACACCUUCAUUCCACCCGCGAAAGCCCAGUCGACCAUCGGCGCGUCCUUCCUGACAACGCGCGUGAACGACCCGGAAUCCGGGGCAACCAUCCGCCUCCAGAUCUGGGACACCGCAGGCCAGGAGCGCUUUCGUUCCAUCUCGAGACUCUACUACCGCGGUGCGAACGCGGCGAUCUUGUGCUACGAUGUCACCAGCAAGAAGAGCUUCGAGGAGAUGGGCACAUGGCUGAAGGAGCUGAGAGAUAAUUGCGGGUUGGAAGCCGAAGAUGACAUGAUACUGCAUGUGGUGGGCACCAAGAGCGAUGUGGUUGCGCAAGAUCCCAAGAGGAGAGAAGUGCCAUUUGAGAGAUGCAUUGGGUAUGUGACGGAGCAGCUGUAUCCUGCAGCGAUGACCCCGGGAGCAAGAGUCGGCAGUCCGCCCAGCAGGCAAGGACUACAACCUACCUCUGUUGCGCCAAUCAACAGCCCCAAUAGCAAUCGCUCAUCUGGCUACUGGGCACACGAGCACAUCUGGGCCUGCUGUCACGAGAUCUCAGCCAUGGAUGGAGAGGGCAUCGAGGAGGUCUUCAGGGUCAUCACAAGGAAACUGGUGGAUCAGCAUGCGAGACGACAGGAACGGCAGAAGUUGAUGGAGGAUGCAAUGUCGAUGGGGAGAACACCCGGCACAGAAGGCGCACCAGGAACGCCCGGCUAUUUCGAUCUCCCUGGAGGCGGUACUGGCAGUUUCAGACUUGGGCACGGCGACAAGAGGCGGAGUUGGCUGAGUUCCCUCGCCACGCCCGGUGGGCUAACAAACUACGGAGACGACGGUACGAUAGAGGACGAAGUGAACAAAGGCAUGCGGCAGAACAGGUGUUGUUGA